AUGAUCCUCACCAAGAACCUCCCACUCUUCGCCACCCUGGUCGCUCUAGCAUCAGGCGCCUCCGCCGCUGCCCUGGCGAAGCGCGAGGGCGAAUGCUCAUUCAGCCUUCGAUUCGCUCGGGGCCAGAACCCGAUUUCGGGUGGCGAUAACUCCCUCUCCUGCGUUGGGGAGGUCACCUACGCUGACGGGACGACCGAGACUCUGGCGGACCAGUGCAAUACUAUCAGCCAUGACAACUGCUAUAGCUCGCAGCUGUCCAACCAAAUCUGCAUCCACACCAACAGUGACAACUCGGACGGAUACUUGGACUAUGGCGCUGAGCACCGUGAUUUCAACGAGGAUGGUUGCACUAAAGACAAGUGGGCGACCAUCUCUGGCGAUGGAAACGAGACAAAGUGUACCUUCCCAUGCUAG